AUGACGGUCGUGGAGGAGGAGGAUAGAUCGGCAAAGGCGUUACAAAUCGUGAGUGGUGUAGAUGCGACCCACGAACUGCGUGCGCACCUCUUGCCGACUCGGCUCUGCGCCCGCAGACGUCUGCUCCCGUCUCGAAGCGCAUCACACUCUCGUCACGCCCUGCCGUUUGACGAACACCCAAGACACCUUCGUGACCCCGCGACGACCUACGUGGACCAAGCUUCCCUCCCUCACUGCAGGCGCUGCCCAGAGCACUUGGCAGACCGCACGCGUCCGACAGGCGCAGAAGGCAGCUGUAGCUCAGUCGCUGUGCACACGGCCCUCAUGGCUCCUAUCGGCACUGAAAGGCUAGGAGACCAGCCCCCCACGCUCUCCACUGAGGGUCCGUUCAGCAUGCCAGAGAUCAGCGCUCAGCCCCCGACGUUCGACACGUGUAGAGUCGGCGCAGCGCCUAACGGUCGCGAGAUCCAGCCCCGGAUGGCAGCGAAUAUGCGCUGGGCGUAUGCAGCCCACUCAUUCCACCUUCAAGUCUUUGACGACGGCGCGGCCGUGGCCAGUCGCAGGCUUGCGAGCCGCAGUCCGCUUGGCGCUCCCUCGGACUUGGUCUCGUACCCAAACCUCGGACUCUAG